AUGUCAUUAUUAAAAUUCUUUUUAUCUUUGCAGAAUCAUAGUGAAAGAUACGCUUUCAUUGCAGAGUGGUAUGAUCCAAAUGCUUCACUUCUUCGACGUUAUGAGCUUUUAUUUUACCCAGUGGAUGGAUCUGUUGAAAUGCAUGAUGUAAAGAAUCAUCGUACAUUUUUAAAGCGGACCAAAUAUGAUGACCUGCGCUUGGAAGAUUUAUUUAUAGGCAACAAAGUGAACAUCUUUUCUCGACAACUAGUGCUAAUUGACUAUGGGGAUCAAUAUACUGCUCGCCAGCUGGGCAGUAGGAAAGAAAAAACAUUAGCCCUGAUUAAACCAGAUGCAGUAUCAAAGGCUGGAGAAAUAAUUGAAAGAAUAAACAAAGCUGGAUUCACUAUAACAAAACUCAAAAUGAUGAUGCUUUCAAGGAAAGAAGCAACAGAUUUUCAUGUUGACCAUCAAUCAAGACCCUUUUUUAAUGAGCUGGUCCAGUUUAUUACAAGUGGCCCAGUUAUUGCCAUGGAAAUUUUAAGAGAUGAUGCUAUAUGUGAAUGGAAAAGAUUACUUGGACCUGCAAACUCUGGGGUAGCACGCACAGAUGCUCCUGGAAGCAUUAGAGCCUUAUUUGGAACAGAUGGCAUAAGAAAUGCAGCUCAUGGUCCUGAUUCUUUCGCUUCUGCUGCCAGAAUAUUUAUUCAUAGCCUUCAAGCCUUACAUGAGCAGAUCAUUAUUACAGUUAAAGCUCCAACAGAAACCAGAUUGGAUGUACCCGCUCCCAGAGAAAAUUCCAUCACAGUACAUAUCAGGAGCACCAUAAGGCCUACUGAUGUUUGUUUAUGUGAAGUAGAACAGGAAAAUACAAGUAACAAAAUAACUGAAGAUGUAGGCACCUCUUUAUCUGAAAGCAAGCCUCUAAAACACCCUAAGGAAGAAAAAAAUCCUCCUCAGCAAAGUGAAGAAUUGCUUAAAUUAAACAGACACCUUGCCUACUGUCUAAACUUCAUCACAAAGAGUAUCACUAAAACGGAUGUGGUUAUUUUACGUCAGAAUGUGAAAGGAUCACAUGAAAGUCCUGGUAAAAGACUACUAGGAAAAAUCCUGAUGGCCAUCCGAGAAGCAAAUUUUGAUACCUCAGCUAUGCAGAUGUUUAACAUGGAUCGGGUUAAUGUUGAAGAAUUUUAUGAAGUUUAUAAAGGAGUAGUGACUGAGUAUAAUGAGAUGGUAACAGAAAUGUAUUCUGGGCCUUGUGUAGCAAUAGAGAUUCAACAAAGUAAUUCCACAAAGACGUUUCGUGAAUUCUGUGGACCAGCUGAUCCUGAAAUUGCCCGGCACUUACGCCCUGGGACCCUCAGAGCCAUCUUUGGUAAAACUAAGAUCCAGAAUGCUGUUCAUUGUACUGAUCUACCUGAGGAUGGCCUAUUAGAGGUAAGAUUCAGAAGAAUAAACAUCCUAUUUAUAUGUCAAACUCAUAAAUUAUCUCAGCAGUUCGUGACUGCUGGAAACGUCUUAAUAUUCUUGGACUACCCCAUGACUUGGCAAUCUCACAGCUUCAGACUACUUUAA